AUGAGUUUCCCUGUCAACCAGGAGUCCCAGCUGGGACAUGAAUCACAAACAGAGGAAUCGCACAGCAGGGUGUCCAGGAAGGAACCAGGGUCUGGUGUGUCCAGAGCUCCAUCCAUGAUGAGUGACUGGUCUAAAGAAGAGGGCCCUUUCAUGGCAAAAGAGAAAAGGGAACAAGAGAUAGGACAUGAACCAGACACCAUCAGCAGUCAGGAUAAGCAACCAGAUCUAUCUCGUAUCUUUGAGGUGCUCGAGGACAAGAUGAUCACCUUUGUAAAAAAUGAGCUGAACAGAUUUAAGAACAUUCUUAGUCCUUACUACAAGGGAACCUUUGAAGUGAAAGCAGACGAGGAGAGAGAUGCCAGAGAAGGAGCUCUCAAGAUGGUACUGCACUUCCUCUGUAUGAUGGAGCAUCGGGAUCUUGCUGACAAACUGAACCAAAAUGAGCUCAAUGUGAUAUGUCAGAAUGACUUAAGAAGAAAUCUUAAUGACAAGUACCAGAAUGUGUUUGAAGGAAUAGCCAAACAUGGAAGCUCUGUCCUUCUCCAAAAGAUCUACACAGACCUCUACAUCACAGAGGGAGGAAGUGGGAAAGUAAAUGAGGAACAUGAAGUCAGGAGGAUUGAGUCCAGAUCCAGGAAACCAGCUGGGCUGGGGAAACCAAUCAAAUGUUCUGAUAUCUUUAAGCCCUUGCUGGAUCAGGAAAAAACAAUCAGAAGUGUUCUCACAAAGGGGGUGGCUGGCAUCGGCAAAACUAUCUCUGUGCAGAAGUACAUCUUGGACUGGGCCGAAGGAAACAGCAACCAAGGGAUCAAUUUCAUCUUCCCACUGUGCUUUAGAGAGCUCAACGUCAUAAGAGACAAGGAGUGUUCUUUCAUGGAUCUUCUUCAUCACUUCUUUCCAGAGACAAAGCAGUUAAUCAUUGACCGUCAGAUGAAAUAUAAUGUGCUUUUUGUCCUUGAUGGUUUGGAUGAGUGCCGAAUCCAACUUAACUUUCAGACCAAUGAAACGUUGACUGAUGUGAAAGCCGUCACCUCAUUGGAUGUACUCUUGACAAAUAUCAUCAAGGGUAAUUUGCUCCCCUCUGCUCUAAUCUGGAUAACAUCUCGACCAGCAGCAGCCAGUCAAAUUCCUCCUGAGUAUGUUGACCUGGUGACAGAGGUGCAAGGAUUCAAUGACCUACAGAAAGAAGAGUACUUCAGAAAGAGGAUCAACAGUGACAGUCUUGCAAGUGAAAUCAUUUCACACAUGAAAUCAUCCAGAAGCCUCCACAUCAUGUGCCACAUACCCGUGUUCUGCUGGAUUGCUGCUAUGGUUCUUGAGAUGAUUUAUUCCUCAGGAAAAACAGAGAUUCCAAAGACUUUGACAGAGAUGUACACAUAUUUCCUCUUGUACCAAACCAAACAGAGGAACAUCAAAUUUGACAAUGUGCAUGACCUCAACACACAAUGGAACCAAGAGCUGAUCCUCCAUCUUGGAAAGCUGGCCUAUGAACAGUUAGAGAAGGGCAAUCUGAUAUUUUAUGAUGAAGAUCUCAUGGACAGUGGCAUUGAUGUCAAAGAAGCUGCAGUGUACUCUGGGAUGUGCACCCAGAUUUUCCGAGAAGAAUCAGGUGUCUUUCUUGGGACGGUGUUCUGCUUUGUGCAUCUCAGUGUCCAAGAGUAUCUUGCUGCUCUGUACGCACUGUUGAUGAUGGAAGUUGAAAAGAAAAACAUAAUAUCCACACAGCAUCCGCCUCCAACGAUGACCUCGAUGAACACCUUGCAGAGGAGUGCUGUGGACAAAGCUUUGGCUCAUAAAGAUGGACUCUUUGAUCUCUUCCUCCGCUUCCUUCUUGGUCUCUCUCAGGAGUCAAAUCAGGCUCCCCUGCAUGGUCUGAUCAGAAGAGGACAGAUUGGUGUAAUGGACAAGAUCAGGACAUUUAUACCGAUGAGACGAAUUCAGAUGGGCAAUGAUGAAACAAUCUGUUACAUUAAGGAGAAGAUCAGGGAGGCCUCCUCCUCAGAAAGGAUGAUCAACCUCUUCCACUGUCUGAGUGAACUGAAUGACCACUCCUUAGUGGAGGAGAUCCAGAGCUUCCUGAAUGCAGGGACACUUUCUAAAGCCCGGCUCUCACGUGACCAGUGGUCGGCUCUGGUGUUUGUGCUGCUCACAUCAGACCAGAAUUUGGAUGUGUUUGACUUGAAAAAGUAUGUCAGAUCUGAUGAAGCUCUCCUGAGGCUGAAGCCAGUAGUGGAGGAAUCCCACACAACCCUCUUGUCAAGCUGUGGUAUAACAGGAGAAGGAUAUGCUGAUCUGGCCUCAGCUGUCAAAUCAAACCCCUCACACCUGGAGGAGCUGGACCUGAGAGGAAACGACCCUGGAGACUUUGGGGUGAAGCUCCUAACUGAUUUACAGCAGGAUCCUGACUGUAAACUAAAGAGACUGAGACUGUCAGAUUGCGGUGUAACAGGAGAAGGAUAUGCUGCUCUGGCCGCAGCUCUCAAAUCAAACCCUUCACACCUUGAGGAGCUGGACCUGAGAGGAAACGACCCUGGAGACUCUGGAGUGAAGCUCCUCACUGAUCUAUUACAGGACCCUCAAUGUAAACUACAGAGAUUGAGGGUCGACAGCUGCGGGCUCACUGAUCAGAGCUGUGCAACACUCGCAUAUGUCCUCUGCAAAGAACCAUCGAGGUUCAGACGCCUGUAUCUGAGUGACAACCACAUUGGAGAUGUAGGCGUCCAACUGCUGUGUAGUGGACUGGAGAACCCAGAAUGUGCACUGGAGACACUGAGCUUGUCAGACUGUGGACUAACAGGAGAGGGAUAUGCUGCACUGGCCUCAGCUCUCAAAUCAAACCCUUCAUACCUGGAGGAGCUGGACCUGAGAGGAAAUGACCCUGGAGACUCUGGAGUGAAGCUCCUCACUGAUAUUUUACAGGACCCUGACUGUAAACUAACGAGACUGAGGCUUAGUGGUUGCGGUAUAACAGAAGAGGGCUGUGCUGUUCUGACUUCAGCUCUGACAUCUAACCCCUCAUCACAGCUGAUACGUCUGGAUCUAGACUAUAAUGAACUAGGAGACACAGGAGUGAAGCAGAUCUCCAAUCUACUCAAGAAUUCAGACUUUAGACUACAGAUGCUGUGCUCUGGCAUCAAAGCCCUCAUCACACCUGAUACAGUUGUAUCUGGGUAA